AUGUUUACAUCGGAAGCGUGUAUAGAAGAUCUGAUGAUGCAAGCUAAGAAGAUCAAGUACGACGUAAUUGGACCGACCGAUACGAGAAGGCAUCGCCCGCUGCACGCUGUAUUUGAGACCGGAGAAGAACUGUUCCUUGGAACAUGCGACAGCAGAGGCGUCGGCAGCGUAGGUGUCCUCUUCAACAUGCGCUUGGCCAUGACCAUCGAUUCGUGCGUGGGACUUGACCAUCUGAAUCGGACUUUGCGAACAAGAGGAUGUGGCUCAACUUGCUUGCGCAUCAACAUCGAGCUACGAAGAAGAGGAGUUGGAAGCGUUUUAUAUGGAUCUGGAGAAACUCGCUCCGAGACAUGCACUCCCAAAAGUUGCCNUGUGGAGACGGCUCUGUCGAGGCUGCAUCGUUCAUAA